CUAAUAGUGCGAAACCCCAAUUCAAAACCCAAACCCUAAACCCACACCAGUGCCAUUAAAAUUCAAAUUUUGUCUAAAAUGAACAAUCCAGCGUUGAAUCUGCUGGACAAAGCUUUAGGAUUAGAGCAACAGAGUGAAGCAUGGCCACUGAGUCGGCGAGUCUUGGUGAUCCAGGACUGCGUCGAGACAAGCGGCUCGUUCGUGCUUCACCAACUCAUGAAACGCGCUCUCUCUUCAAAUUCAUCGAAUGUUAUCAUCUUCGUCGCCUUCUCCAAUUCCUUCUCUCAUUACGAUCGCAUUCUCCGUAAACUCGGGUGCAAUUUAGUCACACAGAGGGAUAAUAAGCGCUUCUUUUUCUUUGAUAUGCUUAUGCUUCAGUGUACAGAUGGAGAUGAAGCGAAAACUGGUAAAGGUGGACUGAUAUUAUUAUAUGAGAAAAUACGAAAAACUAUUUGUGCCUUACCGAAAGACAAGAAGAAUUACGUUACAGUCAUGAUAGAUGAUAUGUCUCUCAUGGAGGUGGCUGCUAAUGGUGCUUCAGAUUACGUCUUAGAUUUCUUGCAUUACUGCCACACUUUAACAUCAGAAUUUGAUUGUUCAUUAGUUGCACUUAAUCAUGAGGAUAUAUAUUCAAGCAUAGAGAGGCCUAUGUUUAUAUUACAAAUGGAGUACCUUGCAGACAUCCUGAUAAAAACAGAGCCUUUGGCUACUGGCUUGGCAGCUGAUGUGCAUGGGCAGUUGACGAUCUUGAACAAGGGAAUUUCCGAUUCCCUGGAGAGCUCAAGGAACAAGAUACACAAUUUCCACUUCAAGGUCAAGGAAAAUGGUGUUGACUAUUUCUAUCCUGGGAGCCGGGCUUGAGAAACCUGCAACUUUAUUUUUAUCGAAAAUUGAAUUGCUACCCUGACAUACUUGGAUGUAGUUUUACAGUUUGCCAGAAGAAGGCUUUAUGUUAUUUCAUGUGGAAAAGCUUGUAUCUUAUAUUGAUGAUCAUGGAAGAAAAAAAAAAUUCCUUCAGAAAAAAGCCAUCUUUAUGGCUCCUCAAUGGAUUGUUUGUUCAGUUUAUUUUUAGAUCAAAGGAUUUUGUGACAAUAUGAAAUGUGGGAUUAUCCUUGUAAAUUUUGUGGUUUAAUCAUACGAUCUUUAAUUAUUUUGUUGUCUCCUUCGAGGUUUAUUGGAUUUAUUGAUUUAAUAUAAUA